GUCUGGUUAUUGAGCGCAGAAGUGCAUAUACUGGACAAGACACUAUGACAUACAUUCGGCGUUCAUAUCAUCAUAGCUCGAAAUAUAUCUUGACUAUAGGACAGACCUGUAUACCAGCUAGACCUAUCAUACCGAACUAUAGAAUAUGUCGGACCAGGCAGCGAAGGAUCGGGAACGGUGGAGUUGGCGAUUUGAAUCUUUAGGGACGAACAUCGGCUUCGUAGCCUGCUUUCAGAAUUUAUGGCGCUUCCCUUACCUCUGCUACUCCAACGGUGGUGUUAUCUUCCUCGUCCCAUAUUUACUAUGUUCCAUGUUUCUUGCGAUUCCUCUCAUGUUCCUGGAGACGGCACUCGGUCAAUACACCUCCUCGGGUCCCAUCAGAGCCUGGAAGAUAUGCCCACUUUUUCAAGGUAUUGGUGUCGCCACCACUGUCGUCGCUUGGUGGCGUAACAUCUACUAUAACGUCAUCCUGGCUUGGACCCUGUACUACCUCUACAGUUCGUGCCUUGGCGAUGAGCUCCCCUGGGCGAGAUGCAAUCAUGAAUGGAACACAGCUACAUGCCUUGAUAGCUCCUCUGAAUGGGUGUGCGUCAACGGAACCUAUAUCAUCGGCAACAAGGGGGAUACUCAACCGGAAGAAUCGUCGGUCCCAUCGUGGUACGGUUGGAGUGAUGCAGGGCCUUUAGAUGACCCUGACCAAUGUGGUGGGUAUCACCCUACAUCAACCAACCCGGCCAAGGAGUUCUGGAAAAUCAAGGUGCUUGGCCAAACAGGGACAGACGGAAUACAUAACGUAGGAGGUAUUGUUGGGCAUCUUGCCCUAACCCUCUUCCUCGCAUGGACGCUCAUAUACUUUGGCCUCUGGAAGGGAGUAAAAUGGAGCGGCAAGAUGGCUUAUGUCACCGUUCCCUUUAUACACCUUGUACUAGCCGCGUUUUUUGUACGUGGGAUCACUUUACCAGGAGCGUAUAAUGGUUUGCUGUUUUUUUUCUACCCCGACAAAUAUCUACUUGGACGUCCACAGAUGUGGAUAGCCGCUGGAACAGAAGUUUUCUAUUCCUUCUCGAUUGGACUAGGUGCUUACACAGCCCUUGGAAGCUUCAACAAAUUCCACUACAACUUCUAUAGGGACAGCAUGAUCGUAGCCUUCUUAAAUGUGAUUACAAGUAUCUACAGUGUUAUCAUCGUCUCUUCAUUCGUUGGCUUCGUAGGGUUCGCUGAGGAUAUCCCAAUAAAUGGAGCCGUUGAUGCAGGUCCUGGUCUGUUUUUCGAUGUCUUUCCGCGUGCUUUUGCUGCAAUGCCUUCAUCAAGGGUCUCGGCAAUUUUCUUCUUCCUAGUGGUCCUAAAGAUUGGGCUUAACUCUCAGCUCGUCAUGGUGAAGGCGUUCAUCACGUCUGUCUUGGAUCUUUUCCCUACCUCGCUGCGGAUUGGGUAUUAUAAAGAGCUAUUCGUGUUGGGAGUCUGCUUUGUAAACUUCCUGAUUGGCCUCAGUAUGGUAACCCAGGGUGGUCUCUACGUCUUCACGCUCUUCAGUAACUAUGGGGAUAGUGCCUUCCCUAUCAUUUGGAUAUGUUUCUUCGAGAGCAUCGCCAUCGGAUGGUUUUAUGGUGUUAGAAGGUUCUCCCGAGACAUUGCCGAGAUGCUGAGAUGGCAACAGAUUGAAUGGUACAUAAUCUGCUGGCCAGUCACUGUUCCUAUUAUUGCUCUGCUCGUUUGGAUCGGCAACAUAGUGUACUGGGCCCCGCUGUCCUAUUCCUCUGACUACCCGAGCUGGGCCGACGGC